CGCAGACCCGGGAGCGUGGCUGCCGUCCUUCUGCGGUGAUUCGGCCUACCCAACGACAUUGGGGGCGGGAGGCUAGAACCUGAGGCCAGGCUUCCAGUAGACAGCGUUUGAAUGGAGAUAUUUCACACAGAUUGGGAUAGAGUUGAUGAAGUUUCUGCAAGAUUGAUACACCAUGGAAGCUGUGGCUAACAGAAACUAGCACUCUCCCUUUCUAAGAAAUAUAAACAGUGAAUUUCAGUCAAAUGGCAUCCAGAAGGUCCUGAACAAGCAGAGCCACUCUCUAUGAGCACCAUGGGUUUAUUUCAUUUUCCUACACCACUGACCAGAAUAUGCACAGUGCCGUGGGGACUUUGGCUUAGGGAGAAGCCAGCAUUGUUAUCCCCAGGAAUAGCAGUCACUCCAGUCCAGAUGGCAGGCAAGAAGGACUGCCCUGCUCUGCUCUCCCUGGAUGAAAGUGAGCUUGAGGAGCAGUUUGUGAAAGGACACGGUCCAGGCGGCCAGGCAACCAACAAAACGAACAACUGUGUGGUGCUGAAGCACAUCCCCUCGGGGGUUGUCGUCAAGUGCCAUCAGACAAGAUCAGUUGAUCAAAACAGGAAGCUAGCUCGGAAAAUCCUUCAGGAGAAAGUGGAUGUUUUCUACAAUGGUGAAAACAGUCUUGUUUACAAGGAAAAACGAGAGGCAGAGAAGAAAAAGCAAGAAAGGAAGAAAAGAGCAAAGGAAACCCUAGAAAAAAAGAAAGUCCUUAAAGAACUCUGGGAAUCAAGUAAACAUCUCCACAGAGAAGGAACUGCAGAUUCUGAAGAGUCUGCCAGGCCUUCCAAGGGAUAAUGAUGGUCAGUUCCAUCACCAGUGCAGUCACAGAGCUUUGAAAGAACAAUUUUUGAUGGACCUAAAAGACAUCACAUUUUUUUAAACUGUAAUGAGUAGAGAUGCACACUUCAAGAAUAAAACUAUAAGGAAAUACAAGCUCUGAAAAAA